AAUUUUAACAUUGUAUGUGCAGGUUUCUUGUAUUACUGAAUGCUUAGCUCUUGGGUUACUUGUUUUUGAAAAAAUGGAGACCUAACAUCCCUCAGGGAAAAUGGUUUCUCCUCCGCUGUUGCGCGUGCAAACUUUUGACUGAUACUGGAGAACACAGACCUAACGGGUUCGUCAAGAUACUUAGAGGGUAAAGGAGUAAACACCAUGGUGGGAGUGGAGUGCAGGUCUGAGCAGGUGAGGGUGUGAACCCUCUGCGAUUGGCCUACACAGAGACCGACAGCCAGACAGAUCGAGAUCGUCAGAGGUGAAGAAGAAUGGCUCGAAAUGUUAACUUUGACUUAAGCCACCCUCUCAUGGAAGCUGGACUGGAGAGCCCAGUGGAUGAGGAAGGUGUUCAUGACUCGUUCCACCAGCUGAUAGCAGAGCAGAGUCAGAAUGGGGAACCGUCAGAAGCCUUGGAGCUGCAGCAGCUGCAGAGAGAGCUGGACGAGGAAGGUCAAGAUGAUGUAGGUCACCUCUCCAGCCCUGGACAUGAAUCUAGGGGAAGAAGACAGGAGCGAAGGGACAUGGAAUGGGAGAAUGAUGAAAGACAGGCAGACUCCCUCAUAGGUGAACGUUGGUCCUCAGCCACGUUGAAGGUCCUGUCCUCGAUGCCCAGUCGCACCAUCGGUCGCAACAGGGGAGCCAUCAUCUCUCAGUACUACAACAGAACCAUGCAGCUUCGAAGGCGCAGGCAGAGUAGACCUGCCAUCCGAGACUUCUCCCGCUCUGCCAGACCGAGCAUACGAGGCUAUGGCAUCGAGGCAGACACUACAGAUGCAGAGGCGAGUAAGAGGGACCAUUUGGUGAACAACCUCCAGAACCUGUCGGUGAGCGACAGAGUCAGGAUGCUCAGAGCGAUGCCUCUCAGUGUGGCAGAGAAGAGUGAACUCAGGAGUUUAGCACUGAGAAAAGAGAGACACACGCUUUCUGGCAGUAAGAUCCCCUGUUACAGUCGACUCAAAUAUUACAUCAUCAUUGGUGCAAGACAGAGUUGGUACAGCUGGCUGUCCUUUGUGCACUCCCUCCAGCUGUGGCAAGUGGCGCUUAAGAGAGUGAGUGGGCGUUUCGGCACUGGCGUCCUCUCAUACUUCCUGUUUCUUAAGACCCUGCUCUUCUUCAACCUCUUCCUGUUACUGGUGACUGGUGCGUUCUUAGUGCUACCUCAGGCAGUGCACCCUCCAGCGCUGCCUGCGGGGAGAACCUCCUUCCGUGGACUGGAGCUUCUCACUGGAGCGGGCUAUUUUUCAGACACGGUGAUGUACUAUGGUUACUACAGUAACUACACGCUGCUUAAGAGCUGUAAGCAUGAUGUUGGAGGGCAGAAUGUCUCUGUGUCCAAUGGAACCAGACUGGACUGCGUGUCGAAGCACCACUCGUACAACAUGCCGCUUGCAUACUUCGUCACCAUCGGAGUUGCUUUCUUCAUCACAUGUAUCAUCCUUGUGUACAGCAUGUCAAAGUCGUUUGGUCAGAGCUUCCGAAUAGACAAAUCUCACAGCAUCUUGGCCAUGAAGGUGUUCUGCUCCUGGGACUUUAAGGUCAUUAAGAAAACCUCUAUCAAACUCAUGUCUGAGAAUAUCUGCACGCAGCUCAAGGAGCUGCUAGCAGAGGUGAAUCAUAAAAAUGUCAAUAACACUGUGUGUCAGAACCUGUGGAGGCUGAUUGUUCAUGGCCUGGCAUGGACUAUCUGCAUAGCAAGUACCACUGCCUGUGUGUCUGGUAUUUACUACUUCUCUGAUUACAGGCACCAGAAUCUGAAGCAAAGUUCUCAUAGUGCCAUCCAGGACUCCUUAUUAAAUGAGGCCAGCCUGCUGGCUCUCCCUGUGGUGGUGUCCCUCGUCACCCUGCUGCUGCCCAUCUUGUUCAAUCUUGCAGCCUGGAUGGAGGACUAUGAGUCGCCAUCUGUACGCACAUAUGUCGCCAUCAGCAGAAACCUGAUGCUGAAAGUCAGUGUGCUUGGAGUCCUGUGCUACCACUGGCUGGGUCAGGUGCCAAAGAACCCUGAAAGUACUGGGCUGAAGUGUUGGGAGAGUUUUGUUGGGCAGGAACUUUAUCGUUUCUUAAUUAUGGACUUCAUCUUCAGUCUACUGGACACCUUGUUUGGAGAGUUUCUUUGGAGGCUGUUCUCUGAGAAGGUGUUGAAGAGGAGGAGGAAACCAGUGUUUGAUAUCGCCAGGAACGUCCUCGAGCUCAUCUAUGGACAGACGUUGGCCUGGUUGGGUGUUCUCUUCACUCCUCUCCUGCCUGCAGUGCAGAUUCUCAAACUGUUGCUCCUCUUCUACAUAAAGAAGAGCAGUGUGAUGAUGAAUUGUCAGGCCCCCAGGAAGCCAUACAGAGUCAGCCAGAUGACCACCAUCUUUAUCACUCUUCUCUGCUUCCCCUCCUUCCUUGGGGCCUCUGUGUGUGUCACAUACACCAUGUGGAGUAUCACCCCCUCCACGUCGUGCGGUCCCUUCCGCGGGCUCAAAACGAUGUUCCAGGCGGGGAAGCGCUGGGUGGAAGGACUGGAAAAAGAUAAUCCCAACCUGUCCGUGUUGGCCAGGGCUCACUCCUACCUGGUGGAGCACCCUUUCUUCUUGUUCGUGGGAGCGGGCAUCUUCCUGAUCGUCAUCUAUUUCCACAGUCAGGUGGUGGACGGUCAAAGGAAGAUCAUCAACUUACUCCAGGAGCAGAUAGAAAAUGAGGGAGAGGAUAAGAAGUUUCUGAUCACUCGCCUCCAGUCUAUCCAUGAGCAAAAACGAACCCCCACUCGAAGACUCACAAGCCAAGACUCCAGCUGUUGAGGUGCCUGCAGUAGAAGAGCCUUCUUGAUUCUCUGAGGACUGAGGUCUGAAAUCAUAAAAUAGUGUGGAUGUGACUGGAAUAUCAGCCAGGAAAUGACAACUGUAUAUAUGACCAAAUUCAAAUGUAGAAUGCAUUUGGUAGAUUUAAACUAGCCAAGGAUUUUAAUGGCUGGAGCAUUUGUAGAGGAGGGGAAAACAGUGAAAUACAAGGUGGAACAAAGCUGCCUGCAGAUGAAAUGCCUGAAGUCAAACUUCAGGAUGUUAAAUGUUACAACAGUAUAACCUGAGGAAUCUUAAAGCUGAUGUUAUCAGUUUUCAUAGAUUUCAGUCACCUCUUGUAGAAGCACUUUUCAUAUCGACUGUGAACAAUAUUUUUUUUUAUUCUCAUUUCUUGUGGAAAAGAAUUAUGUAGUAUACAAAGUUUUUUUUGAUGCUUUAAAAUUUUUAAAUAAUUUUAUGAGUAUGUAUGCUGUAGAAAAACUGAUGUUGUGGGCAUGAUUGCGAACCGAGUGACUUCUUGUUUUUCAGUUUUAUUUUAGGAUGGUGACUACUACUACUACUGUUGUGCUUUUGUAAUUAAAUUAUGUUUUAUCAUA